AUGAAAACUCUCGGAGGCGAACUACAUUGUAACCCAGACAUGAUGAAACCGUCAGUUGAAGUCCCAGAUGAUGUGAACAAUGUUAGACCUGCUGACCUCAAAGUCAUUGCUGCUAUGGGUGACUCCAUUACGGUAAGCCUCAUGGAUGACUGGAAAAUUGUGACGAUAUUCAUUGGAACAAAUGAUCUAGAGAAACUUAGGUGCAAUACAGAAGAGGAACCAGUAAGCCGCGACGAUUAUAAACUUAAUCUCAUUCAAACGAUCUCAAUAUUGAGAGAAAAUCUUAAUCGAACUAUCGUUUCCAUCGUAUCCAUGUGGAACUCACAGCUGGUACUUGAUGCUAAAUCAUUGAUCGAUGAUGGGUUGGUCAUACACAGUUUAUGCGAACUGAUUUUAGGACCCACUGCUUGA